AUGGAAGCAGUAGGGUCACCAGAGCAGCCACCUGAAUAUAUUUCUCCCGCAGCAGCCAAAGCCCGACUUCGCCGCGUGUGCGAGCCCAACUCGAAGGGGGAGUACAAGGUCCCAAAAGACAUCGUGGAUCAGUUCAAGGAUAAGGAGAGCCGGUCCAACCUGGAGAAAAUGUUCGAGAAGUGCGGCAACAAUCCGGAAAGGUUCAUUGCCAAAGUCAAGCGCAUCUACCAAAACAUCGAUGAGUUCACUUGUGAAGCAAACUAUGAAUAUAUGUCCGAGCAAGAUAUGAUUGAUGCCAAGUGGUCUGAGCGCAAACGGCAAGGUGUAAAAAAGCACUGCGAAGGAAAGCCUGGCUUUACGAGGAGAACACAACGCAGCAUCUAUGAGAAAGCCUUUGAGGAGGAAGCCUCUGACACUGAAGUCCCUCGUGUCGGUGGUCGGGUCGGUGCGAUUGACCAAGACUGCACGAUGACCAACAUCGAUGCAGGAGGUGAGUGCGAUGAGGACAGGCCCGGCUGCGAUGAGGACCUCGAUUCUUCCGGUGGAGAGGAUGAACAGCAGCAGAAGAUUCUCAAGCAGGUGAACUUUCCACCUGAGAUCGAGCGGGCAGACCUUCAGCCGUCUUCACUAGUGACCAAGGUCAGCAAAGCUAUCCAGAAAAGGGUUGCACGGUUGGCUUUCCAUAAGGAGCGUCUCUCCAAAGUGGAAAGCAGCGCCAACGACGAAAGAGAUUUGUAUGGAAAGUUUUUUCGUUGGGGCAUGUCUAUGCCUGUAGAAAUUGAGCUUGUGGAGCACAUGGAUGGAAACAAUGUAUUGCCAACUCACUGGGUGAGGCCGUCUUCCUGGGUUCGGGAGCUCAUGAGGCUGCACCCCGAGACUCUAACUGGGGGCUGUCGACGCCCAAGGGACAUCAGUUUGCAACUCAAAUCGUUUUGGGCUAUGUAUCGAUCCUUUCAUCCGGAACACGAGCUGUUUUCCUCGCCCAACGUUGGACGCCUUGACAAAGUGCUGCCCCUGUGUCUUUUUGGGGACGAGGGUCGGGGGCCCAAGCGUGGUGAAUUCCUUAUUUGGUCCAUUGAAAGCCCCUUUGGUGUGAAAGAAGCGCCGUCAACGACUGUUUGCACUUGCAAAGAUGAGUUGAGGGAGUGUGGAGACUUCAUUGGGGGUCCAGAUCAUGUCCCCACUACUACUGCCACACCUGAAGAGUUCCACCGAGCCUGCAUGCAAGCCACGAACAACAAAGGUCAUUCCUUUUUGACACGGCAUGUUUUGUUCGGCUUACCUUCUGCAAAGUACAAGGAGGUGCCAGCUGUGGAGCAAAAACAUAUACAGCUUGUGGUGGAUGAUCUUGUUGAUCUCUUCAAUACAGGUGUCAACGUUGGUGGCGUGCAGUGGUAUGCUUGUGUGAUUGGAAACAAAGGCGACUUCAAACACCAAGCGGCGGUUGGGAAUCUUGAGCGCUCUUACAGUAGCAUUGGCUCCACCUACGGUAACUACAUGUGCUCGCUAUGCUUGGCGGGCGCGCCGGGCAUUCCUUUUGAGCAGUUCGAGCACGAACCCAGAUGGGCUUCGACUUUGUUCCAAGCGCGGCCAUGGUCAUCCAGGCCAUACUUGACCAAUGUGCACUUUGAUGAGAGCAAACCUGAACACUUGCUGAAGCUAGAUGCUUUCCAUCUGUGGAAAGUAGGGCUUGGAAGGGAUUUGGUUGGCAGCGCUGUAGUUAUUUUUUGCCGCAUUGGCCUGUUUGACUCAGAAGGUGAUGCUCUUGAUAUUGAUAGCAGGUUAGAGCGGGCCCACUCAAGCUUCCGUUUGUGGUCCUUGACCAACCACAAGUCACCCGGACUUCGCUCGUUCAAGAAAGCGUUUUUCUCGAUGAAAACAUUCGCUGAUAGCCCAUGGGCCAACUGCAAAGGAUCGGAUUGCGUGCUUCUGACGCAAUGGCUUCGCUGGUUUGUCAGCUUGCACCUGGCUGUUCCGACGGAUGUGUCCAGAGAGUACGAGCGUCUUCUCAAGUUGUUCAAGCACACGGCAGAUCAGUCCCUCGAUGUGUUCAAAGUUCUUUACGGGCAUGCGCUUUGGAUGAGCAGAACUUGCUCCAAGCACCUCUAUGCUCGGUUGUUUCUCUUGCUGCGAGGGUACAAGCUGCUGGCUGCAGAGGCACUGGCCAUGAACAUGGCUGGUUGGGCCUUGAAGCCAAAGAUGCACGCUUUGGCACACUUGGCGCAUGAAGUGAGGCAUCAGUUGCAGAAGGGCAAUGCACUGAUCUUGAAUCCUUUGUGCUGGGGGUGCGAACAGAACGAGGACACGAUGGGACAUGUUUCUCGGCUGGCCAGGAAGGUGAGUGUGCGUACGAUCACACAGCGUGUUCUGUGCCGAUACUUCCUGAAGAAGCGUGCCCUGUUGCGACGCAUGAGGAGGAACGCUUGA